AGCGAGGGGCGCACAGGGGGCGGGGCUUGUGCAGGCAAAGUCGAGGAAGAAUCUUGGAGGAUUUCAGAGGAGCAUCAACAAUAUAACUGCACUUUUCUGCACUCGUGGUUGUGUUUUGACGCUAAACUCAUCAUGGCCGACAGCAGGGACAAAUCCACGGACCAGAUGAAGCUGUGGAAAGAGGGUCGGGUCACUAAGAGGCCAGACACCCUGACCACCGGCGCGGGGCAUCCCGUUGGAGACAAACUGAACAGUCUGACAUCUGGCCCCCGCGGACCCCUCCUGGUUCAGGAUGUGGUCUUCACUGAUGAGAUGGCCCACUUCGACCGAGAGAGGAUCCCAGAGAGAGUGGUCCACGCCAAAGGAGCAGGUGCUUUUGGGUAUUUUGAGGUAACCCAUGAUAUCACCCGCUUCUGUAAGGCCAAAGUGUUUGAACAUGUGGGCAAAACAACUCCUAUUGCUGUCCGCUUCUCCACUGUGGCUGGGGAGUCGGGUUCUGCAGACACAGUGAGAGACCCUCGGGGUUUCGCUGUGAAGUUUUACACAGAGGAGGGCAACUGGGACCUGACCGGGAAUAACACCCCCAUAUUCUUCAUCCGGGACGCCCUGCUGUUCCCGUCAUUCAUCCACUCUCAGAAGAGGAACCCUCAAACCCACAUGAAGGACCCUGAUAUGGUCUGGGACUUUUGGAGUCUGAGGCCAGAGAGUCUGCACCAGGUGACCUUUCUGUUCAGCGAUCGUGGGAUUCCUGAUGGAUUUCGUCACAUGAACGGCUAUGGCUCUCACACAUUUAAACUAGUGAACGCACAGGGAGAGGGGGUCUACUGCAAAUUCCACUACAAGACUGACCAGGGCAUUAAGAAUCUGUCGGCUGAAGAGGCCGAACGGUUGGCCGCCUCAAACCCGGACUACGCCAUCGGGGACCUGUACAACGCCAUCGCCAACGGCAACUUCCCCUCCUGGACUUUCUACAUCCAGGUCAUGACCUUUGAGCAGGCAGAGAAGUUCCAGUUCAACCCCUUUGAUCUCACCAAGGUGUGGUCUCAUAAAGAGUACCCGCUGAUCCCGGUGGGUAAGAUGGUGCUGAACAGAAACCCGGUGAAUUACUUUGCAGAGGUGGAGCAGCUGGCCUUUGACCCCAGUAACAUGCCCCCAGGGAUCGAACCCAGCCCUGACAAGAUGCUACAGGGUCGUCUGUUCUCGUAUCCAGACACACAUCGCCACAGACUUGGGGCGAACUACCUGCAGCUGCCGGUCAACUGUCCCUACAGAGCCAGAGUCGCCAACUACCAACGUGACGGCCCCAUGUGCAUGUUUGACAACCAGGGUGGCGCUCCAAACUAUUAUCCCAACAGCUUCAGUGCUCCAGAGACGCAGCCUCAGUUUGUGGAGUCCAAGUUCCAGGUUUCUCCAGAUGUGGCUCGAUACAACAGCAGCGACGAGGACAACGUCACACAGGUCCGUACUUUCUACACUCAAGUGCUGAAUGAAGAGGAAAGACAGAGGCUUUGUCAGAACAUGGCGGGGGCCUUAAAGGGAGCACAACUUUUCAUCCAGAAACGAAUGGUGGAGACCCUCAGGGCUGUCCAUCCUGACUAUGCCAACAGAGUCCAGUCCCAUCUCAACAAGUUCAACCAGGAGCCCAAAAAGAGCAACAAUGUUCAUGUGUACACUCGCCCUGGAGCCGUGGCUGCCUCUUCAAAGAUGUGAAGACUUCUGCUUUUGCAACAAACUGCACUGGCACAUGAACAAGUUCUUAUACCCUAUACCCUAACGCUGCUAGACAAAACUCAGACUGAAUCAUUUUAGUGUCAAGACUGUCAAAUUAAUACUACAACAAAGCAUUUAAUAUCUACUGAUUAUAUGGCAUAAGACCACUAUAUAAAAUGGUCCUUUUAAAUAAUGGGUUGGAUAUUUUUGACAGGCAAAAUUUACCCACGCUCCUGUGGUGUUUUCCUGGUUCAUUUCUGCUUCCUUUGGUUGACAAUGUUAUUGUAGUUUUUGUCAUACACAAUACAGUUCUCAGAAUUUGAAUAAAAUAGAUUUCCUGAAUUUGUUCAACUAAUUUAGCAGAGCAUUUCCAUUGACAAACACUAGACUAAUCCAAUGUGACUAAAUCCUGACCAAAACAAAGGAAUUUUCGUACUUGAACGAUCAAGACUUAAAAAAAUAAAUAAAUUAAAGGUGCACUAUGUAACUUUUCAGGUGCAGGUCCACUACCUGCUUGUCUCCAUGGAGAUGUUAUUUCUGUGAAGGGAAUGUACCACACACUUUACACAUCUCCAUGAAGAUGUCUGUGUAAUCCCUCAGUCGUCCAGGUCUGAUCCAUGGAAAAAGCCAGAGGUUAAAUCAACUGGACAUAAAGUUGUAGGAGUGAAGAUGUUUGUCCGCUCAUCUACGAUGCUUCUUCAUUUCUGUAACUGGUACUGUGGAAUAAUUAGAGCAAUUACAGCUCCAUGGAGACAAGGUAGUGGUGGACCAGGUUAGGGUAAUUAAUAAUCUAAUACCAAUGGACCAUCACUAUAUACGAUAUACACCUUCAUUCACUGUCAACUUUGCAUUUCUACGAUUAAUUUAUUCCAAUUGUCAUUACUUUUCAAUUCACCCAACAUGUGAUUACAGCACUGGUGAUUAAAACUAUUCUUAAAACUAUCUUUAGCAUUUUGUUAUUUUAUUUUGAAGUUUACUCUAAAACAAAUUUCAACACCCAACAUUGUGGUUGUAAACUUUCAGUACAUCCUUAAUAAUAAAGAUAAGAUUAUUUGUGUAACUUCUUGCUAUAAAUGUAAAAAUCAUGGUUGUUGCCUGGCUGUUCUUACUGUAAACAAUGUUUUAUACUGAAAAUGAGAGUAUUUAACUCUAUAUCAAAUCAUUUCUAAUUAAAGGCUUUCUGCUCUAGUUCUCUGGU